AGUUUAUGGCUCCAAGAGGAAGGGAGCGCAAAGCAGGCUCAGGCCGCCCACAUGAGCUAGCAGCGAGAGGCCGCUACUGGUCGAGCCUGCUCGGUCGAGGGUCCUGCACUGGUGCCCAUUCACGUCAUCUACAUCCAUGGCGGAGGACAAGUCGGUGCAACAGGCACAAGCAAGUGCUACCAGGCUUCUACAAAACUCGCCUGGAUUCGCCGAAAAGCUGACAUCUCAGAAGAACCCUGCCAGGAAUGCUUCCAUCAAGAGUGACGAUCGAGAUGCCAUGAUUGCGGAAUUGCAGAAGCAGCUGGAUGAGGAAAAGAACAAGAAUCGAACGCUUGAAGAUCAGUACAAGCAUCGAGUUGCAUCUUUUGUGAAGCGUGAGAAAGCCACGAUGAACAAGAUCGAGGCACUGGAGAAGCGCUUGCUGGAAGGUGCCGAAAACGACGAACACAGCAAGCGCAUGGAAGCGAUUGGCAACAUGCAUAGAAGUGUGAUCACAGGUCUUGAGUGCAUCCAGACCAACACAGCCAAGAUUCUUCAGGAUCAAGAGAAGGACUUGAUGCGAGCCUUUAGGGCUCGGCUGCAGGAAGUGUCAAAGGACCUGGAGGCUCAACGUAGCCGAAAGGGCGAACACUCCACGGAGCAGCAAGCACAUCAUCGCCGAGUUGUUGCUGAGCUGCACAAGACCCAGGAGCUGGCGCAGACCUUUGACAAGAAGAACCAGCAACUGACAGCCGAAAAUCAGAAGCUCCAGGAGAAGCUGCGGACCCGCGAAGAUGAUCGACAAGCGCUCUUGCGAGAGCUGGUUCUAUCGAGGAAAGAGGUGCAAGCUCUGAAGCAGCAGCUGACUGGCAAAGAGAGCGCAGAACCGGAGGCGCAGAGCUCCACCGAGACAGAGAAGCCUCGAAGGCGGAGCUACUCGCAGAGGCAAGUUGACCAAGCUCGGCUCCAGCAAACGCAUAACAAGCAGUAUGAGCGGGAGGUGGCACUGAGAGAAGCAGCGCUCAAGCUGAAGCGCAUGGUGGACUCCGAGCGCCGGACAGUCACUGCCUUGAAGCAGCAACAGGCUGAAAUGUUGCAGCAACGCACAGAGUUGGAAGUGUUGCUGCGACAGAGCCUAGACGAUGUCAAGGCAGAGGUCCUGCGGACGAGGGCUGUUGCCGAGGGCCAGGAUCCCUCGACUUCGCCUGGAGGAACCGGUCCGCCGUAUCCGCCUUUAUCAUCUGUGUCGGUGCAUGAGCUCAAUGCACAAGACCGGGAAAGGGUGCUGGAGUUGCUUCUGUCACAGCAGCGCGUUGUGCAGCUGCUUUACCAGAAAACUUUCCCACAGGAUGUGGCGAAUCCUCCGGCUUCAGCACCCUCCCAGAGUGCCACUGCAUCUGGCGAUGAUUUUGCAUGGCUAGGGGAUAUCAUCCCUUCUGAUGAGGGUUAAUCCAACCCAAUCGCAAGAAAAGUCAAGCAGUCUGAUGCGGGACAUCGACAGUGUGACGCUGAACAGACUCGGUUUUCUCGACCUGUUUUUGCUUUCACCUCCAGACACGCGUUGCUUUCCCUCGUGUCCACUCUUUUGCACGGAGUACUUGACACGCAGCACAUGAGAGUAGUGUGACUCGUGGGACGUGGCAUGUUUCGCCAGGAAAUUGCGCAAGAAACAAUGCCAGUUUAAUUUGCUGUGCUGCUGUUGGAUGUUUCGCAAAUGGAAUCAGCGCAAGACUGGCAUGUUUCACUUUUCAGAUGUGUCACGCCAAGGUCUCACCAGAAAAUACAUGUACGCGACACACAAAGAAUUCAC